UAAACGCAACACACAACCAGUAGUGGGGCAAUGGCGACGCAGUUCUCGACACCGCGGCAUGCCGCGCGCCGAAUUGGCACCAUCGCCGCUCCUCCUCCGCCUGCCUUCUCCAUGCCAGCAUCUGUCCAAGCGCAUCCCGAUCCGUCGUUGCCCGUAGAAGACGACCGCUUCACGUCUCCUCGCGGGGCGGCCGCUUCAUCAUAUGACUCGCCCCGCCACGAGCUCACAUCGUACUCGUCCGACGAGCGCGAAGACGACUCUAUGGCGGAUUCUUCCCCUCGUUCUAUUGGGUUGUUAUCCCGGUCGUCACUUCGUCAGCCUCUCAGCAUCCUCCCACCGACGCCGCCCCAACGACGGUCGUACUACAAGGACAUUGCGUUUGCAAAACCCGUCAAGCCCGUAGACGUAUUCUCGCUAGCCAGACACAACCGAGUGGACGACGUCAGGGCCGUUCUGGACCGCGGACUGCCCGUCAACACCCCCGACGAGCACGGCAACUCGCUGCUCAUCAUCGCAUGCCAGAAUGGCCUCAAGCGCCUCACCAAGGAACUGCUGCGUCGCGGCGCCAAUAUCAACGCCCGCAACAAACGGAGAAAUACCCCACUACACUUUUGCUUUGCCUAUGGGUACGGUGACACGUUGGGCGCGUACUUGAUCUCAAAGGGCGCAGACGUGUCACUCACCAACGACGACGGAUUGGAGUGCUACUAUGGCAUUGAACCCCCUCCCCACCAACUACCGCAGCAACUACCACAGUAACGAUAGAAACCACUCAUCCCACGGCACUGUAUUACGGCCAACACAGAUUGUGUUGCCAUGUGAUAACAUUAUCAAGAUGUCGACA